UGCCUCAAUCUCUGCGCGAAGCCAGGGUUAAGAGACGGGUCAAUUUCUUGAGUAGGACUGAACUUGUAGAUUCUACUGGCAAACCUAUUGCAGUGGGCGAAGCCAAGGGUGUGGCCACCGCCGAGUAAUACCACCAUGUCUCUGAUUGUGAAUCCUUUUUUGCUGAAGGGGGCAUACAUGGUGUCGAAAUCCACUUUCUCAUCGACUAGGUUAUGGUCCACAUUUUUUGCUAUGGAGACACGGCUGUCUUUUUUUCCCAACAUGAGUUUGUACAAGGGGCCACCUGUUUGCUUGAUUAGGUGGCGCGUGGCAGCCGCGAGAAUGUCAGAGCAAGAGACGACGCCAGGGCAGGAGAGCUCCAGAGCCGUCUUGACACGGACAAUGACAUCAAAGGCAUCACCAGGAAGGUCAAGAUUGAGUGGAUUUUCUCUUUCAGUAGGGCCGUCCGCACCAGGGUUGAGGAGGACGGAUCCAUCACAGCCUUCAACAAAGCAGUCAUGGAAGUAAACGCGUAGGGUGGCUGCUGCUGUUGUUGGAUUAGAUUGUUGCUUAGGGGUGAUGGUUUCCAGCAGAAUCUUAUCAAAACUAGGACAUGUUUUUGCAUAGUAGUCCUCGCU